AUGAGCUCAAACGACUACGAUACGUUCAAGCUUGGCGACUUCAAGCUCAAGUCGGGAGGAGAGAUUCCUGAUGCAUUCAUUGCCUACAAAACACUCGGAGACCCUUCAUUUCCAGCCAUCAUCUACCCAACCUGGUACUCUGGCCUAAUUUCCGACAACCUCUGGCUUACGGGCUCUGACAAGACACUCAAUCCCUCGAAAUACUACAUCAUUAUUCCUGCGCUCUUCGGAAACUCUCAAUCCUCAUCGCCUUCCAAUACGCCCUCCCUGCGCCCUUUCCCUGAAGUCCUCUUCUACGACAACGUACGUGCACAGCACGAACUUAUCACCAAGCACCUCGGGAUCAAACAUGCGCGUGCUGUGCUUGGGUGGUCGAUGGGCGCAGGCCAGACGUACCAGUGGAUGACGCAGUAUCCAAACUUCAUGGACCUUGGUGUGCCGUUUUGUGGGAGUGCAAAAACAAGUCUGCAUAACCAGGUUUUUCUCGAGGGCGUAAAGAGCGCACUGUUUGCCGCAAAGGGGACAAGCUCAGCGGGUGUGGCCAGACCAGAUGUGGAAACGGCAAAUCUGCAGGGCGCACGAUUGAAAUCGUACACUGGGUUUUCCGAGGAAAACACCAAGAUUGGGCUGAAGGCAUUGGGUCGCGUGUAUGCUGGAUGGGGAUUCUCACAGGCAUUCUAUCGCGAGAAGUUGUACGAGACGGCACCGUUGUUAGGAUACAAGGACUUGGACGACUUCCUUGUGAAUUUUUGGGAAGCGUGGGCGUGCUCGAAAGAUCCGGAAAACAUGCUCGUCAUGGCGCAUACGUGGCAGGCUGGUGACUGCUCACAGCAAGAGCCGUACAAUGGCGACUUCAAGAAGGCGAUGCAGGGUAUCAAGGCCAAAGCUCUGGUGCUACCGGCGAAAACGGAUCUUUACUUUCCACCAGAGGACUCGGAGAUUGAGGUCGAGGCCAUGAGACCGGGCGUUGGAACGCUGAAGGUAUUUCCAAGCAUAUGGGGCCACUGGGCAGGCGGUCCUGGCCAGAGUACUGAAGAUGUCAAGUGGCUUGACGAGAACUUGAAGGAGUUCUUCGCAACCAACUGA